AUGCAGAGAAAUAGCGAGAGACAAGAGGAUGAAAUCGAAGCAUUAAAAUCGAUGUAUGUGAGUGAUUUUACAGAUCUGAGGAAAGACAAUGUUUGGAAGAAAAAAAGUGCACCUGAGAUAAAGAUUAGAUUUCGUCCUCAAUCGAGAAUAGAAGAUGAGUGUAAUAUGGAAGUUACUUUGUAUGUGAACUGUCCAUUCCACUAUCCUGACAAAAUUCCAGUAAUACGACUGGAAAACCCUGUAGGAAUCACCAAUCAAGAACUUGCCAAAUUGAAAACAGAACUUGAAGAACAGAUGAAGACAUUAGUGGGAGAGGUGAUGAUUUUAGAGCUAUCUUUAACUGUUCAAACCUUUUUAAACGACCAUAUCCGUCCAGCACCGAAAUCUUUCUAUGAAGAAAUGAUGAGUAAUAAACAGAAACAGGAAGAAAAAUACGCUCUAGAGCAGGAACGCAGAAACGAAAUGAAAAAACAGCGAGAGGAAAAGGAGGUACCGGUAUACAAUAUUUCAUCUUCGCAAUGUCAAGGUAUUAUCAACUCUAUCUAA